AUGCCGCGGCGGCGGCCCCGCCGCAGCGGCUGCCGAGGCCGGAGCAGCGCGGCCAGCGCCGCGCUCGCGGGCCGGUCGUUCGGGGUGCUGCUGCUGGCACGCGAGUGCGCCGCGGGGGACAGCACUUGCUGGUCUGGCGACGUGACGCAGGAGCUGUGCUGCUCGGGCCCGCAGGGGAACCCUGACUGCUGGGACGCGGAGUACACGUUCGAGCGUUGCUGCGGGUCGCUCGCAGGCGGCCCGGGCGAGCCGUCGUCGGAGGUGGCCUCGCUGCGCGUGGAGUCCUCCUCGGUGCCGGCGCUCCCGCUGCUGGGCGGGGGCGCCAUGCCGAUGAGCGGCGUGGGUCUCUGCUGCCGGCCGAGCGCCAUGGGGGACGCGGUGCGGCAGGCGGUGGUCGACUACCUGCUGAUGGGUGGCCGCCACUUGGACGACGCCAAGCUCUACCGCAACCACGAGGAGGUGGGCGAAGGGCUGCGGCAGGUGUGUGCCUACCUGACGUUCCAUGUUAGGAACGAGGCGCUCGCGGACUUCUGCGAUGCCGCUGCUGAGCUUUUGGCGGAGUCCCGCGCCACCGACGACGGCUGCUUGCGAAUAGAGAUGCACCGGGAGCUGGACUGGGCGCGGCGCAUCUCCAAUGACGAGUUCUCGCUGCUGCUCAUGUGCCAGGAGUGGGCAUCGGCCGCCUGCUUGGAGGCGCACGUCGGAUCCGCCCACUCCUGCCGCUUCAACGACGCGGUCGUGUCGGGGAAUAUGCUGGUAACGGAGCCGAGCGCGAGCAUCUUCGGCACGCCCAUCGGCCCUGCGGAGGCGGCGAAGCUGGCGCAGCAGGCCGCCGAGGCCCAGCUGCGCGCGGGCAGCGAGCCGCCGCCCGCGGGCCAGGAGGCGGCGGCCUUCGAGCCGGGGGGCCGCGUCGCUGGCCCUUCCGCCGCGGGCGCCGCGGGGCGGGCCGCGCAGGCGGCCCGGCUGAACGCGCAGGGCUCUCCGACCAGGAGGUCGCCCGUGCUGCAGCAGAGCGCGGCCCGGCUGCUGCAGCAGUGA